AUGGAAGAAAUACAAUCCCAAUCAGACCAUUACAGGUCGUCAUCUUCAUCCGCGAGUAGCCCGGCAAGUAGAGUGCCUUCAGGCAGUUUCUUUUACCUGCGAAAACCCGGUGCCCUCAGGCAGCCCAUCUCGUUCGAGGACUCACCUGACUGGGAGGACACUGACAUUGAGGUCAAAAUCGAUGAGGGCCGGGCUGACUCCAUUAACACGGCCACUACGCCGGGCUCUCCUUCCCUCUCGAAACUCAACAGCGGCUCUAUGCCGUCCCCUCCGCUGCCCGAGGGAGCAGCUGUUAUGAGAAAGACAGCAGGGGCAACAAUUGUGUGGAGGGACCUGACGGUUAAUAUAAAGGGAAAAAGGAAGUAUUCAGACAGGGUAAUCAAGAGCUCGAAUGGGUAUGGGCUACCGGGUACAAUGACUGUGAUCAUGGGCCCCCCCAAGUCUGGGAAAUCCACGCUCUUGAGGGCUCUUGCAGGAAGAUUGCCUGAUUCGGCUAGAAUUUACGGUGAGGUUCUUGUAAAUGGCGUGAAAUCACGAAUACCAUAUGGGGCUUAUGGAUUUGUGGAUAGAGAAACCACACUUAUUGAAUCCUUGACCGUGCGCGAGUACCUUUACUACUCAGCCUUGCUUCAGCUUCCGGGCUUCCUUUCUAGGAAGAGCAGCGGGGUCGAGGAUGCCAUUCUUGCCAUGUCAUUGGGAGAUUAUGCAAAUAAGCUAGUUGGCGGGCACUGUCAUUUGAAGGGCCUUCCAAGUGGCGAGAAAAGGCGGAUUGCGAUUGCCAGGGAGCUUGUGAUGAGACCCCAAAUCUUGUUUAUUGAUGAGCCCCUUUACCAUCUCGACAGUGUAUCUGCACUUCUUAUGAUGGUCACACUGAAGAAGCUUGCAAGUACAGGCUGCACUCUCAUCUUCACCAUUUGCCAAAGCAGCACGGAAGUGUUUGGCCUUUUCGACCGAAUUUGUCUUCUUUCAAAUGGAAACACGUUGUUUUUCGGUGAAACACUUGCGUGUUUGCAGCAUUUCUCCAAUGCUGGAUUUCCUUGCCCAAUAAUGCAGAGCCCAUCCGAUCACUUUCUGAGAGCUAUAAAUACAGAUUUUGACAGGAUUAUUGCAAUGUGCAAAAAUUGGCAGGAUGACCAUGGAGAACUUUCAUCAGUUAAUAUGGACACUGCCGUUGCAAUUCGCACUCUUGAAGCAACAUAUAAAUCAUCUGCAGAUGCAGCUGCUGUUGAGACUAUGAUUUUGAAGCUUACAGAGAAGGAAGGCCCGUUUCCCAAGAGCAAAGGCAAAGCAAGCUGUGUCACCAAAAUUGGAAUAUUGACUUGGAGAUCAUUGUUGAUUAUGUCAAGGGAGUGGAAAUACUAUUGGCUUCGUUUUUUUCUUUACAUUUUCUUGGCUCUAUGCAUUGGUACCGUGUUCUAUGGUUUGGGGCACUCUUUAUCUUCAGUUGGGGCUAGAGUUGGAGCUGUAUUUACAUUCGUGGCAUUCACAUCACUUCUGAGUAUAGCCGGUGUCCCUGUGCAAUUGAAAGAAAUCAAGAUUUACUCCUGUGAAGAGGCGAACCAGCAUUCUGGGACAUUUGUUUUCUUAAUCGGGCAACUUUUGUCGAGUAUCCCAUUUGUACUUCUCCUCUCGGUCUCCUCGAGUUUGGUCUUCUAUUUCCUUAUCGGCCUACGUGAUGAGUUCCACUUGUUGAUGUAUUUUGUGCUGAAUUUCUUCAUGUGCCUUCUCAUCAACGAGGGACUCGUGCUGCUUGUUGCGUCCUUUUGCCGGAAUAUCUUCCGGAGUAUCUUGAUAUUGGUGACUGCACAUAUGGUCAUGAUGCUUUCAGCUGGGUACUUCAGGAUUCGUAGUGCUCUGACGAGGCCAGUAUGGAUGUAUCCCAUCUCAUACAUUGCUUUCCAUACUUACUCUAUUCAGGGGCUUUUGGAGAAUGAGUAUAUUGGUACGUCUUUUGCCGUUGGCCAGGUAAGAUCAAUCACCGGUUACGAAGCGCUGCAAAAUGCUUAUGACAUAUCGGCCGAUGCCAAUUCAAAGUGGGGAAAUUUACUGAUAUUGUUUCUUAUGGCCGUUGGGUACCGUAUUCUUGUUUUUAUCCUGCUACAAUUUCGUGUCAAGAGGACCGUCUCCCUUUUCGGUUCGUUCCCGUGUAAUCAAAAUACAAACAAUGCAAGAUAA